ACUGUGACUACUGCAGGACUAUACACUUGUACUGUGGCAAUUAACAAGCCAUCUACUGCUUCAGCUAGCACCAACGUAGCAGGUCCCCCACCUCCCACUGAUGUGACAGCAGUCCAGGAUGGUCCCACUAGUAUCACAGUGACCUGGACUCCUCCUCUCCUCUGGAUGGUAUCACUGGCUACACCAUCUCCUUCACUGGAGGAGGCAGCAGUGGUAGUGAGACUGUCAGUGGUGGAAACACUAUGAGUCACACUCUGACUGGUCUCACCAAUGGACAGACCUACACCAUAUCCAUUGUAGCUACAACCAAUGGUCUGUCUAGUGCACCAGUACAGGCCACUGUUGGUUUAGUUCCAUCAGCUCCAGUCCUCGACUCAACUCCAACAGUCACUACGACUACCAUCACCAUAUCUGGUAGUGUUCCCAGUGGCUCAGUGGUGACUGGCUAUGUGGUCCAGUGGCAGAGAGACACCUCA